AGUCAUUCCCUGUUUUCUUUUUUGGGGAGGGGUCUGUUUUUUCCUCAAUUUACCAAAAGGAGAAAGAGAUUAGGUUCUUGAUAUGUUGGUCUUUCUUUUAUUAUUUCUUUAUUCAAUUAAAUUUUUUUUUGAUCCACUGCUAGGGUUAUAGCCACUGGGCUAGGGUAAUCUUUAACCAAAUUCAAAUCCUUCCUAUAAUCUUUCUAGGGUUUCUGUGAUCUUCCGAUUCUCUUUUUCUGGGCAUUCAAGAUUUCAGAAUCCUUCACAAGCAAUUAUUUUUCCCUCUCUCCCAUUACUCUCACACAUAAAAGGUGUAUGCAAAAAUGGUGAGAGGAAAGACUCAGAUGAAGAGGAUAGAAAAUGCAGCCAGCAGGCAAGUAACUUUUUCAAAGAGAAGAAAUGGGCUCCUUAAGAAGGCCUUUGAGCUAUCAGUUCUCUGUGAUGCUGAAGUUGCACUCAUCAUUUUCUCUCCCAGAGGAAAGCUCUAUGAGUUCUCCAGCUGCAGAUUCUUCAGUAUUAAUAAGACAAUAGAGCGCUAUCAGAAGAAAGCCAAGGAUCUAGGAAUCAGCAUCAAGACAUCUCAAGAAAACUUGCAGAAUAUGAAGGAAGAUACGUUUAGCCUGGCAAAGAAGAUCGAGCUUCUUGAAGUUUCUAAAUUAAAACUCUUAGGAGAUGGGUUGGAACCAUGUUCCAUUGAUGAGCUACAGCAGUUAGAGAGUCAGCUGGAGCGAAGCUUAAUCAGAAUUAGGACAAGAAAGAAUCAACUGUUUACGGAGAAGAUUGAGAAGCUAAGAGAGGAGGAGAAAAUCCUGAUGGAAGAAAAUAAAAGGUUGCGGGCCAAGUGUGGACUGCAACCAAUGGACUUGUCAACAACAACAAUAAAGGAGCAACAUGUAGCAGACAGACAGAGUAUGGAGGUGGAGACAGAAUUAUUCAUAGGUCCGCAAAUAGCAAACAGAAAAAAUAUGGAAGUGGGGACAGAAUUAUUCAUAGGUCCACCCGAGACACGAACUAGUUUCACUUAAAUAGCAGUGCUCAUCUUUUUAAUUUGCAUCCAACUAAAUACUUGUCAAAAUAUGUUACAUAAAGCUAACUAAAGGAGCAGAGGCACGAAACUUUGAUUAGUGAGUAGAAACAAAUUGUGUGAACAAGUGUAUAUUUUCGGAUAUGAUUGUCUUAUAUAUGGCAUUAUUCUCUUA